AUGCGUUCUGUUACCGUCUCCAGCUUGGUUGUUUUCAUACAUUUGCUCACGGCUACUUUGGCUGCGUCUGGGGCUGGGAAAUCCACUAGAUACUGGGACUGCUGCAAGCCAUCUUGCGCGUGGCAGCAAAAGGCAUCCGUCAACCGUCCAGUUCUAACCUGCGACAAGAAUGAUCUCCCUCUGGAUCCUGACGCCAAAAGUGGCUGCGAAAGCGGUGGUUCUGCAUACACAUGCACCAAUCAAGCUCCUUGGGCCGUCAACGAUCUUGUGUCCUUUGGAUUCGCAGCUACAGCUAUCAGUGGCGGUACCGAGGCUAGUUGGUGUUGCGGUUGCUACGCCAUAACGUUCACAUCCGGCAAAAACAAGGGCAAGAUUAUGGUUGUGCAGUCUACCAAUACAGGCGGUGACUUGGGCAGCAACCACUUCGACAUCAUGAUGCCCGGCGGCGGUCUGGGGAUAUUUGACGGCUGCACGAGCGAGUUCGGAUUCCAGUUUCCUGGCGCUCGUUACGGCGGUGUCUCGAGCCGUAGCGAGUGUUCUUUCCUGCCUGCCAAGCUCCAAAACGGUUGCCAAUGGAGGUUCGAUUGGUUCAUGAACGCGGACAACCCGAGCUUGUCCUUCACUCAGGUUCAGUGCCCAUCAGAGUUGGUGGCCCGGUCAGGCUGUCGCCGCUCCGACGAUGCCAGCUUCCCUGCCUUUCAAAUGCCGACCAACACAAAAUGGGAGCCGCCGCAGCCCACCGAAACGGCGGGGCCACACGAGCAAUUAUUGGCAAUGCGUUCAAGGCACCAAUCCCACGGCGUCGUCGUCGUCGUCGAGUUCAAGAGCAUCUUCGACGACGACGACGACGACGACGACAACGACAAGCGCAAGCCUGCCGGCCUCCACUACGGCGACUUCUCAAGCGAUCUCAACCAGCAGCCACACAUCCUCCACAUCCAGCUCCGCAUCAGUCAUAUCCACGACAAAGUCCGUCCCGGUGGGGGGGACGGCAUCCGUCUGGGCUCAGUGCAACGCCAGCUCCUGGCCCACGCCUUCAGCAUGCGCCGCUGGUGCGGCCUGCGUGUCGUUGAACCCGUUCUAUUGGCAGUGCCAGCCUACUGGACUAUGAGGUGGACAAGAAUCCAACCUUCACAAUAG